AUGUGCAUUUAUAGUCAGUGUCAUCAGAUCUCAGACCAGCUAACCCCUUGCUCUUUCCUCACUGCUUUUAUUUCCCCCAUUCCUCCCCACCUCUCUUCAACAGGCGGAAGGCCCAACACGAAGCAGUACAUCGUGCAUCUAUCGUCGGUGCCAUCAGUGCUGUCGUACCGGGGGGGAGUCAAUGGGCUGCGGGCCACAGCGACUGUCGACGAUGAGGAGGACGAGUAUGAGGACGAGGAAGACGUGGAUGACUUGGAUGAAGAGGAUGACGAGGAUUAUGGGGAGAUUGGCGAUGCUGUUGAAUCUGGUGAAGAUGGCUUUGAUGCCGAUGUUCAGUUUGCUGCUGCAGCUGCUGCAGAGGAGGCAUUAAAGAUAGCAGGGUCAGCAGCAGCAGCAGCAGCAGCAGCAGCAGGUGGGGCAGGAAGAGGAUUGGGAGGAGAGGGCAGCGGAGGAGGAGGAGGCGGAGGAGCAGUGAGGGUGAGCGCACUGCCGUUUGCAAGAACCGGGGUGGAUGUGUUGGUGGAGAGGGUGGGUGAGCGGCUGAGAAAUAUGAAAUCGCGGUCUGUUGGCCGGCGCCUUCUGGCCCGCGUUGCUGCUGCUGCAGUGGCCGCAGCAGCAGAGGAAGCAGCAGAGGAGGCAGCAGCAGGAGCAGCUGGUGGUGGUGCUGCUCCUGAAGCUGCUGCUUCUUUCACAGAACAUUUCCAAAACUCCACCUUUUACCCUUCUGCUGUUUCUGCUGCUGUCAGCAGCGUUCGUAUCACGCCAUCAUCUGCAUCAUCAACAGCAGCAACACCAGCUGGAGAUAAGGCACCAAUGGCAAGCGGAGCCACGUUAGCAGUGCUGACAGGGCAGCAGCUGAGUGCACGUGCCGCGCGCAUCAUGCGCUCAACGCCGUGGGGCCGACUCAUGCGCCCCGACGUGCGGUUACCACACGUCCGGGCCUUCACCCGCUUCCUGGAAGCUUCUCACCACAGCCUGCUGCAGUCGCUCAAGAUCCCUUCCUCAGCCAUUUUCCACAGCUACACCUAUCUGAUGAACAGCUUUGCAGUGCAGCUCACCGCUGCUGAGGCGAGGCGGCUCAAGAGGCACCCAGCAGUGGCAGAGGUGGAGAGAGACCGCACAGUGCGAGUGACCUCGGUGCACUCCCCUGAGUUCCUCAAGCUCGACUCGAGCCUGUGGCCGGCAAAUGGCGGGCAGAGCAACGCAGGAGAAGGAGUGAUCAUUGGGGUGAUCGACACAGGGAUCUGGCCCGAACACCCCUCCUUCUCCAACCCUGACCCAAACGGAGCACCAUACUCCGCUGCCCCAGCGCGCUGGAGAGGCGUGUGCACCAAAACAAAGGAUUUCACGGCGUGCAACAGCAAGGUGGUUGGGGCGAGGUACUUCCUAAAAGGCAUGGAGCGGGAGUAUGGCAGGGUGGGCAGCAGAUUGGACUACCGGUCGCCACGGGACAUGGAACAGCACGGCACAUGGUGUGCGGGAGCGGCUGCUGGAAACGCAGGUGUGGACGUCACAAUAGGUGGCCGGAACUUCGGCGCAGCUUCGGGCAUGGCUCCGCGAGCCAGGCUGGCAAUAUACAAGGGGCUGUGGAUCGCCGACGGUUACCAUGGGGUGGGGGUGAUGUCUGACCUUAUUGCUGCUGCGAACAAGGCAGUAGCUGAUGGUGUAGACGUUAUAUCGUGCUCGUGGGGGGGCAUGGCGCUGUAUUUCAAGGACAUACCCUAUCUGCAAGGACUCAAGGCCGGAGUGGUCACGGCCUUUGCAGCCGGCAACGAGGGCCGGCCCAACCCCUGGAGCAUGUGGGGCACACUCUCUAACGUCUCUCCAUUCUACCUUACAGUGGGAGCAAGCACCAUGGGGCGGGAGUACAAGGCUGUGCUCACCCUGGGCGAUGGAACCACCUUCACAGGGCGCAGUCUCGGCGGCACCACUGCCACGGCGUCAGAUCUGCCUCUUGUGCUCGACACGACUAUUGUUCUACUCUAUCCCCAUCAAGCACCACUCAUCCCCCCCUCUCAUCAACUUUUCCUCCUCUCUUCCUUCCUCUCAUCCCUCCUCUUGUCCCUCCUCGCUUUGUUCCUUUCUUCCCUCCUCUUUCCUCUCCUCACUUCCCUCCCCUCAUUCCUCACUUCCCUGCACUCCAACUAA